AUGAAAAUGGAUGGUUUGCUGGAGACCUUCAUGGAAACGAACUUGGAGCCUCUCCAAAAAUACCGGCGUGGCGAACACCGGCCUCCGGUCAAUGUCUUCCGCUCAGCUGCCAUUGCAGAGAUCGAGGAGGCCCCUGAGGGGUGCCGAACCGCAGAAGUAAUGUUCUUCAAUGAUCUUUUUUUCCGAAACGUGUUGCCGCACUUCUUCACAGACGCGGCAGCCAUGGCUCUUUGGGCCAAGGAGAUCGCCAAGCCAAAGGUCGGAAUCGAGAGGACGCAUUCGCUUCUUCGACAGGUGGCUUGCCCAGUCGAGGACGGGCCGGGCAUGAUCGAGUGGCUCUAUGACCUUUUCGUCGCCUUUCAGGCUGUACGAUACUCGCCCAAUGGCGAGGCGUUGGAUUUCCUAGAUCCCGAUGUCGAGAUCGACCAUGCAUCUAUGACGGUUGGUGACAUGGUCAAAGUUGGUUCACACACCUACAUGAUUGGGAUCGAUGGCAUUCACUGUGUGCAGAUGGAUGACCCGGAGCCGAGCGUGGUCAGGGUGGAGGAUUUCUUCACGAUCCAAGAGCAGCAGGUCGGAGUCCAUCUGGAAGAAGGCGACCAAAGUACGUCCCCUACCUCCACUUCAGAUGCGACAGGCAGUUACGCGGCUCUGGACGACAGUGAGGAUGAGGAAGAGCUCAAACGACACUACGCCAUGUACAUGGCACCCGAUGAAUCGUGGUGGUGCAGGCCAAAGGACAGAAGGGGCCUUCGUGCUGAGCUCAGCCAGCACCGCCAGGCCAUGGAGGCGGGGCAAGCCUGCAAGAACAAGGACAAGUACAACAGCAAGACGAAAACCAAAAAAAAUUGGCAGCCAAAAAUCUUGCGCAGCAGCUGA